GAAUUCAUUAUUUAUUCCCUUGUUAUCUAAAGUAAAUAACUAUCACAAUUUGUGUUUACCAUAGUAUGAGUAAACUGUGAUUCUGUGUCAAUUAAUUUGGUUAUUUAGAAAUCAUUUAUUUGCAGUGUAAAAUACAAAGACAUGUUUAUAUGGGUUUCCUCUGGGUUCUCCAAUUUCCUACCAAUACAGGUUGGUGGAUUAGCUACUUGAAAUUGCCCUAGGUAUAAAUAAGUGUGACAAUGUGUAUGCAUUCUACAUCCACCUAUGUGUAUUAAAUAUAUUACACAUUUAUCUUUAUACUGUAGGAUUAAUUAAAUACACCAAUGAAAACUAGUGUCAUGUCUGGGAUUAUACAGCAUGUGUAGGGCCUUUAUUACCCUACUUUUUUUUCUCUACAAAAUGUAGUUAGUUCAAUGUAGCUGCUAUAGCUAGUAACUUUGUGAUUGCUGGUUUUGUUCUAAAUAAACAAACAUCAGUCACACAACAGAUUUGCAGUAUGAAGCUUAACAUAGGCGUGGUUUUACAGCUUUAAAAAUCUCACUCAUAUAGCCCACACUAUAGUCAUACCUCACGAAAAGGCCAGACCAACAAAUAUUGUCUAAUUUAAAUAGUAAAUUAUACCAACCUAAAUUGGGGUUUUUAUUUACUUGCAAAAUCAACUGAAACCCAUUUUUAUGUAUUAUAAUAAUGGAUUCGUUUAUUUGGAUGUGUUCACCAUCUUUAGUUUCAGUUGUGAUUUGUGUCUGAAUGUGAAUCAUGCACCUUUCACUAUGAGAAGAAUAAUUCAUGUUAUCUUGGGAUUAAAUGCUAUUAGUCUCGUAACUUCAACUUAUGCCCAGGUUCAGUAUGUGCAACUAGGCAACAAAGUUACUAUACCAUGUGAUGUUUAUGGUGAUCGCAGAAGUGGCAAGUGGUUGCACAAAAAAGAUGAGGAUCAGUUCACGACUAUUGUCCAUGAGAUUUCAGGCUACGUUUUCCAAAACAAACCUCUGUCAUCCAGGAAAAAGACUGUUAACAACUUUUCCUUGGAAAUAUAUCCUUUCACUGAGCUAGACAAGGGGACAUAUAUUUGUCAAGUGUGCACAUCUAAAAGGAAAUGUACUGAUGGCAAACUAAUAACCUUAUUACCCCAGUUGGCAUUAAAGACAAAGUUUAUUGUAGAAGGUGAUCAAUUCAGUAACAGCUGCCUCUACAAUUUAACUAUGAAUACAGACUGGAGAUUUGAAGCGCUUGGAGAAAAUACUGCUAUUUCUGUAAACCCCAAUUUGACAAAUAAAAAUGUAUUGGUUAUUCCGGAUGUUCGGCCAACUAAUGCAGGCAAGUACAGUUACUGGGGAGAGACAUCUGGACACCAGCAGAGAAUGUGUUUGGUGACUCUGUGUGUACUUACAGUCAGAGCUGUAAAACUGACUGUUUUACCACAGAACUGUAUGCUGUACUGUGAUGUAGAUGUGGAUGGAGACGAAGAAGGUUUAGCUGUUGUACGAACAGAUAAAUGGAAUAUCUCUCUUAUUGGGAGAGUGGAUAAACCAAAUAGCCCUUUGAGUUGCAGACUAAUGAGUAGUGGUGAGGAUCCACACACAUAUAGCCUUGAGGAAGACACUGCUACUGCUAAGCCAUGUAAAUAG